AUGAGUCAAAUAAUUGUGAGACCCUCUGUUAGAGAUUAUACGGAGUGUGUCAAAGCAGCGGCAGAGGCCCAUCUCUUGUUACUUUUUGCUGCUUUCGGUCAAUAUCAAAAUCUUGAAGACAUCAACCUCGCUAAAAAGGUAAAAAUUCCCCAACUCUCGAUUUCUGUAUGUGUGGUAGCAGCUUCGUUACUUAUUCCCCAUAUACCCACAUUGUACUCUUUCCAUGCCAAAACACUGCUUUUCCCACUCAGCUGCGUACGAAGCUUAGUACUCUUAUCUUCUUCGCAUUAUCAUAUAUCUCCUCCUUCUUUGUGUUUCAAUCAAAAAAACGAUCAAUCCCGGAUAGAGUUUCCUAUAAUCCUCAUCCAAGCAAGCUUCAAAAUCCCAUCUUUUCUGUACAAUAUGAAGAAAAAAGCAUCCGGGCUGGUGAAACAGAUUAUAGCCGGUCUAAGUUCAAUGGCAAAGGCCAAGACCGUGUCUCUGAGGACAAAAGCAAGUGCCAUCAAGGCUCGUCUGAUUAUAUUCUCACUUCUAAGGAAUAAGAAGUUUCUAAUGAGCUCCCUCUCGGAGAAGCUCCAAUCUGUUCUCGGCCAAAAUCCUCAUCCCAAUGAAGAGUGUUUCUUGGAAGAUGGCACCGACCAGAGCAAAGCCAUCGUGUUGCACAAUGACGCUGUCCACGCCUACGAGGCCCUGGCCAAUCCCAGCGACACCCAGGUGGUGGAGGACAGAGACCAGGAUGGCUAUGAAAGUUACUACUGGUACGAGGAAGACGAGGGCAAGUACCCGGAUCUGACACACACUUUGUUCGAGUCCGAGGAUUUGGAUUUUGGAGGGUCUGUGAUUGACAUGGUGAAGAACUCGAAGGAGGAAGCAGGGGAGGAGUUCAAAAUGGAAGACGAGGUUGACCACAUGGCAGACCUGUUCAUCAGGAAAUUCAGGAGGCAGAUAAUAUUGCAGAAGCAAGAAUCACUCAAGAGGCUGCAGGAAAUGCAGCAGAGUGGUGCAUGAACAACAUACUGGUAUAUACAAGUUUAGCUCAACCUUUCUCCCUUCAUUACGUUUUUAAUUAGAAUAAGGGAGGGCCGCAAGUUAAGCUUUUUCAAUUAGCUGUGCUUAUUUUCUGAGUUCUGAUGCUCAAUACUGGCAGAGGGCAAGAAUAACUCAGAAUUCGCGCUGGUGAUUCUUCCUUUUAGUGUUGGAAAUUCAUUGAAGUGCCUUGCAUGUAAUGGUACAAAUGCUGGUGUAUUUCAGCAUGAUGAUCUGCAAAUCUGUAACGUGAAGCCUGCCUAACUAAUUGAGCUGUAAUAAAUAAUGGACUUUGCAUUUUUUCCCCCUAAUUGAAUGAGGGAUUCUGAUUCAAA